AUGCCGACUUUAGAAGAAUUUCGGUCUUUCUUAGAAAUGAGGGCACGCGCUCUUGAAUCGACAAACAUGCUACUUCAAAAACUGAAAAAGGCAACACGUAGUUUACCUCAACACAAACUUGACUUUGACGAGUUUGCCUACUUCAAAGUAUUUCAACUUGCUGAUCCAAAUUUCAAUCAGACAAACAAGAUAGACGUGCUAUUAGGAGCAGAUGCAAUUCCGAAUGUUUUUCUUGGUGAAAAACAUAAGCCAGCUAAUGUCAAUAUUGCUGCCUUUCGAACUGUAUUCGGAUGGGUGGUCACAGGAAAAAUGAGUUUUGCCCCUACGAAGAAAGUCAGAAAUUUGCACGUUGCUUGCUAUGAUAUCGACAAGAAUUUUCAAACGUUUUGGGAGCUUGAACAUACUCCAUGUAAGAAAAUUCUUAGUGAAUCUGAAAAGUAUUGUGAAGAACUCUUCCAAGAAGCUACGAUGAGAAAUGCAGAAGGAAGAUUUGUUGUUCGAUUACUGUUUAAAAGAUCAAGUCCUGAAUUGGGAGCCUCUAGAGAGUUUGCCAUUCAAUGUUUGAAAUGCAUAGAGAGAAAAUUGAAACGCAACCCUGUUCUAGACAGAGCAUACAGAACUUUUAUGUGGGAGUAUAUGUCCUUAGGACCUAUGGAAUUGUUACCUCCAGAAGAACUAUUAAAACCUGUUCAUGAGACCUUUUAUUUGCCACAUCAUGCUGUUACGAAAUAUGAAACUAGUGCUACAAAAUUUCGAGUGGUUUUUGACGCAUCGGCCAAGUCUUCAAACGGAAUAUCCUUAAACGAUAAGCUUCUGGUCGGACCUGUAGUACAGGAUACUCUUGCUGACAUACUGCUUAGAUUUCGCAUCCACCAAGUAGCUAUUGUGGCAGGCAUCGUAAAAAUGUACAGACAAUUCAAUGUCGAAGAUAUGGAUAGGGACUAUCGAAGAAUUGUUUGGAGGGAAUCCUCGUUAGAUCCAAUUCAAGACUGGAGGUUACGAACCGUAACAUACGGUACAGCCUCAGCUUCAUAUCAAGCUACUAGAUGUUUGAAGCUACUUGCCCUCGACGAAGCGAAGGACUUUCCAUAUACUGCUUUAAUUGCUCAACGAGAUUUUUACGUUGAUGACCUAAUGAGUGGUGCGGAUAGUGAAACCAAAGCUAUGCAGCUAGCACAAGAAAUUAUAUCUCUUUUGAAAAGGGGUUGCUUAGAANCUCUCUUCGGGGGUUUGCGAGUUGAGGAUUUUGUUUUACUGUCAGACGAGGUUACGAAACGACAACUCUUAUCUGAACUAUCUAAAAUUUUUGACCCACUUGGUUGGUUGUCACCAGUAACAGUUAAAGGAAAAAUCCUAGUGCAAAAGCUAUGGAGGAACAAUCUAAACUGGGAUGAAACUUUGCCGACCACGAUUCAACGUGAUUGGUUGACUCUGUCUUCUAAAAUUAAAGACUUAAGGAACAUCAGAAUUACAAGGUGCAUAGUGCUGAAGAACUCCAUAAAUGUUGAAGUUCUUGGAUUUUGUGACGCAUCGGAGAAAGCCUGCGCCAGUGUAGUUUACUUGCGAACUAGUGACAACCUGGGGAAUUCGAUGACAAGAUUAGCGGUAGCUAAAACUAAAGUAACGCCGUUGAAGCUGAUUUCCCUGCCUCGACUGGAGCCAUGUGGAUCAUUACUUUUAGCUCGUACAAUACAACAGGUUCUUGAAUCUCUUUCCAUGAAGUCACCAAUAAUUCACUGUUGGACAGAUUCCAAAAUUAUCUUAGCUUGGAUAAUCCUAGUCGAUGGAAAACGUUUGUCGCCAAUAGAGUCAGAUAUAAUUCCCCAAGCACAAUGGCAUCAUAUCAAAGGCGAACACAAUCCUGCAGAUUGUGCUACCAGGGGAAUCAAUCCUAUUGACUUAAAUUACCAUCAUCUGUGGUGGACAGGUCCUGAUUUAUCUAAUAUUGAUACAAGUUCUUCAGUUAAUGAUUUGACUGAGGAAACACUAAGUGAAGCAAAACCGGUGAAAAUUCAUCACGCUAUCCAACCAGAGAACACAAGCAUCUUUCCAUUUGCCAAAUACUCAAGUUUGUCGAAACUGAAGAGAGUAUUAGCCUACUGCAAACGUUUUGCUUCUAAUGCUCAACCUGGUAGUUCGAGAAAAUAUGGCUUUUUAACAGCUCAGGAAUUAGAAUCAGCCUUGAUUCACCUCAUUCGCCAAGCGCAGAAAGAUGCAUUUCAAGAUGAAAUUGCAACCUUGAUUAAGCAUAAAAAUCUUGCAGAUCAAAAAUAG